AUGCCCACAGUCUCUCAGAUGCCCACAGUCUCUCAGAUGCCCACAGUCUCUCAGAUGCCCACAGUCUCUCAGAUGCCCACAGUCUCUCAGAUGCCCACAGUCUCUCAGAUGCCCACAGUCUCUCAGAUGCCCACAGUCUCUCAGAUGCCCACAGUCUCUCAGAUGCCCACAGUCUCUCAGAUGCCCACAGUCUCUCAGAUGACCACAGUCUCUCAGAUGCCCACAGUCUCUCAGAUGCCCACAGUCUCUCAGAUGCCCACAGUCUCUCAGAUGCCCACAGUCUCUCAGAUGCCCACAGUCUCUCAGAUGCCCACAGUCUCUCAGAUGCCCCCCAGUCUCCCAGAUCCUGAGCCCACAGUCUCCCAGGUCCUGAGCCCACAGUCUCCCAGGUCCUGA